UGCAGCACAAUCAUCACCAAAAUGUUUAAGACCGCGCUAAUCAUUUCCCUGUUCCUGGUGGCCGUCAUCCGAGCUGCAGAUGAAUCACAGGCCCAGAUCACUAAGUAUCAAAAUGAGAUCAACCCGGAUGGCUCGUACAGCUGGGAAUUUGGAACGUCCAAUGCCAUCGAUGCCCAAGAGAGUGGAGUAGGUGGUGUUCAGGCAACUGGAUCUGUGAAGUAUACUGCUCCCGAUGGAUCGCCAAUCCAGCUAGAGUAUACCGCUGAUGAGAACGGAUAUCGUCCUACUGGUGCCCAUCUGCCCACACCACCUCCCAUCCCGGAUUACAUCCUCAGGGCUUUGGCUUACAUCGAGGCUCAUCCCUUCCAAAGAAUCCAGCUGAAAAAGUAGUUUAUAAACAUAAGGAUUUAGUUUUAAUAUAGCGCAAUUUUGAAAACAAAAUAAACUAAAUGUAAGAAAACAA